AUGGCAACGAUACGACCCAUGUCCCCUGACGAUCUCUUGAAGAUUACAGUCACAAAUCUCGAUCCGCUCACUGAAACAUAUAACAUAGGUUUCUACCUUGAGUACCUGACCAAAUGGCCCGAGCUAUGCCAAGUUAUAGAAGGAUUCAACGGGAGUAUUGAGGGUUACAGCAAGCUCGAGUCGUCGCCCUACGAUCCCCCCAUUGCACCCUACAAGCCUUCCACCACGGGCGUCAAGUACCCCAACUACCUGCCCUGGCACGGUCAUAUUACCGCUCUCACUGUCGCACCCUCCGCACGCCGGCUUGGUCAUGCGACGGCCCUAUCUUCGGCCUUGGUACAAGCCUCCGAUGCUGCGGACGCGUGGUUUGUGGACUUGUUUGUGCGCAAGAGCAACGAAGCCGCCAAGGACCUGUAUCGAAAGAUGGGGUACAGCGUUUACAGGGUGGUCAAAGGUUACUACAACGACAACGAGGAUGCGCUGGACAUGCGGAAGAGCUGUAGCAGGGAUAAGAAGGGCGAGUGUGUUAGAACAGAUGGGGAGAAGUACAUGGUGUCUGCGGAGGACGUUUGGUGAGAGGGAUUGAGACUUCGUAUUCGCAAUGGAACGUCGUUUGAGUGAUGGAAGGAACGGAAAUUUAUACCCAGGUGGAAUGAAACGAAUAAUGAGAGAAGUACCAGCCAUUGGUACUGGGCAGUAUUGUUGAGUAGGGCAUUCGAUCCUGUAUCGUAGAUGAUUGCGAUAAUCUGAUUAAUGGUAU